GCAUUCACCGCAUCACUCCGUGGAAAAUCAACGUGACGUCCAACGGUUAUUGCCUGGACGCCUCCCUGUUGGCCGGAAGGAAUGUGUACCUGAACCAAGAGUGCCACGAGAACAGAAAUCAGGACUGGUACAUGCUGGAUGGCAACCUCGUGAGCCUCGAAGAUGGCAAGUGCUUGGACUACCACCUUGGGACGAAUAAUGUGUACAUGCAAGAGUGCCACGAUGGACGAAACCAGAAGUGGUAUUUUGAUGAGGACACUGCAUACAUUCGUAGUGAGGAGGACCACAAGUGCUUGACUAUGGAUUCGAAUGGGCAUGGGGUUAAUAUCAACGUCGUCAUGGGCGAGUGCGCAGAUGAGAACAAUCAGAAGUUU